AUGCUCCCGCGAAGGAUGGAUGGGAAGCGACGGGCAUCCUGUGAGCCAGAGCCAGAUCUGCUUAGCAUUGAUCCAGUCACCAGCCUGCGAGGCAGCAUCUGCAACAGAAAGGCUGACCGGCCACCGAAGCCCACACUCAUCAACUCCCGGACUUUAUGCAAACAGCUUGCCAAGCGCCACAAAGGCUCCGACGUCAGCUACGAGAUCAUGACACAUACCACGUCGCUAGACCAGGCCGAAUGCUCCCAAGUCGCGGUGAAGGAAGACGUGUCUCAUUCGAUCAUCGUUCGACUGAGAUUCCAUGCCCGGUUCCGACGUUCCCCCAAGGGGGUUUUGUUCAAGCGUGAGGCUUUCCUCCAUUAUCCUACGAAAACGGGGACGUUCGCCCUGCGGCAGGCGAGACAAGGGCAGGCUGGAGAGAGAGAAGAAUGGAAGAAGCUGCACAUCACAGGUCACAGGAGGCCUAUGACGAUGGCUCACUCAGUAUCGCUUAGGGAGGGCGAGCGGUGGCAGCAAGAGCACGGAGCAGUCAGUCACCAACAAGGCACCGGGCCUCUGAUUGACAGCGAGAAAGCUGAGAAGGGAAGUGAAGGGAAGGGAAGGGUAGAGCAACGGACAGUCUGUGUUCCCUCCGCCAGGGUCGUCCCAUGA